AUGGCAACUCCUCUCAGCGAGCGGCCGGGCGUCCUCGGGGCCUUUGCACGAUUCUAUCGCCGUACAUAUCUCGGCGACUAUGUCGGAUUUGUUCUUCUUCAAGCUGCAUACCUCAUCACCAAGUUCCUCAUCACACCGGUACACCGCCCUUUCCUGAUCUCAGACCUACGUAUAUCCCACGAAUACGCCAAUCCGGAACGUGUCACGACAUACGAGAACUUUUUAUACGCUGGAGUCGCACCUCUUGUGGUUAUAGUGCUGUACUGCGUGGCAGUGCGUCCAGGCUUCCACCGAUCACAUGUGACAAUUCUCGGCUUUCUGAUAUCCCUGUCAUUCAGCGGGUUCCUCACGCAUGUAUUCAAGAAUGCGAUCGGACGCGCACGACCGGAUUUACUGGCUCGCUGCGUUAUAAAGAAGGGCACACCAGCAGACGUACUAGUCACUAUCUCCGUGUGUGAACAGACCGAUCAGUACAAGCUCAAUGAUGGGUGGCGCAGCUUUCCUUCUGGGCAUUCGUCUUUCGCCUGGGCUGGUCUGGGGUAUCUAUCACUCUUCCUUGCGGGUCAGCUGCACACUCUUCGGCCGAGGACUGAUCUGGCACGAGUUCUUGUGACUGUGUGCCCGCUUCUUGGUGCUUUUUUGGUCGCGGCGUCAAGGACUGCAGACUAUCGCCAUGAUGUCUACGAUGUGACGGCAGGAUCAAUCCUUGGCUUCAUCGUUGCAUUAUUUGGGUACAGGAGAUACUACCCUUCUCCACUCAGCCCUAAUUGCCACCUUCCGUUUCCAAGUCCGCUGGACGACACGAAAGCAGAGCGGAGAUUGCCCUCCGCACGGCAGGACGAAGAGGACGCGAGGAGCCAAGCAGAAAGUUUCGACCUCAACGACUUGACAGAAGAGGAAGAUGAAGACGAAUCCCAUGAGCGCCAGCCACUAACGACAGGCAACGGGACUCAAAGCCGGGGGAAGCCGAAAAGAGGAGACUCGGAAUGA